CCACCCCGGCAACCCAGCGACAGUGACGUCCUCGUACGCGGAGGCCGUCGAUCGAAAUGCCGCCGCCCACCACCGGCAGCCUGUCGGCCCUCCUCCGGCGCUGCGCUGCGUUGGGGGCGCUCUCCCCCGGGACGCAGCUCCACGCGCGGGCCCUGGUUGGCGGCUGCCUUCCGGAUGCCACCGUGGAAACCGACCUCGUCCUCCUCUACUGCCGCUGCGGGGAGCUCCGUCGGGCCCGCCAGGUGUUCGAUGGAAUGCUCUCGCCGUCCAUGCACGCCUACAACAUCCUCCUCGCUGCGUCCCCGCCCGGCGUGUCACUGGAGCUUCUCGCGCGCCUCGUUACCGCAGGACACCGGCCCGACAGGUACGCCGUGCCCGCCGCGCUCCGCGCGUGCGCGGAACUCCGGGACGCGGUCCUUGGAACCGCGCUCCACGGCUUCGCCGUCCGGCUCGGCUUAUUCCCCAAUGUUGUGGUUUCGGGGGCGCUGCUGAACAUGUACGCCAAGGCUGGGCUGCUGGAUGGUGCUGUGAGGGUGUUCGACGAGAUGCCGAAGAGGGAUGCUGUCGUGUGGAAUUGCAUGGUCACUGGGUAUGCGAGGGCGGGGAGGGCAGCAGAGGCCCUGGAUCUUUUCAGGAGGGGGCAGGUUGAGGCCGUGGGCAUGGCGAAUGAUCUACGCGCCAUGCCAAGCGUUCUCAAUGUUUGUGCAAAGGAAGGGGAGCUGAUGAAGGGAAGGGAGAUCCAUGGCAGGAUGGUACGGUGCCUCGCUUUUGAUUCGGACAUUGCUGUGGGGAAUGCGUUAGUCGACAUGUAUGCAAAGUGUGGGUGUGUGGAUGUCGCGCGGGCUGUGUUUGCAGGCAUGAAGGAGAAGGAUGUGGUGAGCUGGUCGACACUGAUUUCUUGUUACGGUGUCCAUGGCAUGGGGGAUGAAGCAUUGAGGGUUUACAAGGAGAUGGUGUCCAGAGGGGUAAAGCCAAAUUGCAUCACGUUCACUUCGAUCCUGUCAAGUUGCAGCCACUCAGGGCUUGUGAGUGAUGGACAGAGGAUCUUUGAGGCGAUGAACAAAGUACACGGUGUAGAGCCCACUGCUGACCAUUAUGCAUGUAUGGUUGACCUCUUAGGGCGUGCUGGCGCCAUUGAAGAAGCUGCUGGAUUCAUAAGGAAGAUGCCCAUGGAGCCUGGUGCCAGUCCCUGGGGAGCAUUGCUCUCUGCUUGUGCGAUGCAUGAUAAUGUCGAUGUCGGAGAGAUUGCAGCUUAUAGGCUAUUUGAAUUGGAAGAAGGUAAUGCUAGCAACUAUGUUACUCUAUGUAGCAUUUACGAUGCAGUUGGUCGGUCAGAUUGUGUUGCAGGCUUAAGGUCAAGGAUGAAGGAACUUGGCAUGUUGAAGACACCUGGUUGCAGUUGGGUUGAUGUGAAGGGAAGAGCCCAUGCCUUCUACCAAGGGAGCAUCCCACGCUACUUGAGGAGACAGAUGCUAUGGGUUUUAGAUCAGUUACUUGAGGAUAUGGGUGCUUCAGAAUCUGAUGAUGAAUAUCUGAGCAUGAACUGAGAUAAUUCAGCACUGAAUUUGUGAUGGUCCACAGGUCCAGUAUUGACAGUCCCAUUUUCGUGUGAAGAUAAAGCAACCAAUCUAACUUCAUUGCUGCUGUGCUAUACAUGAACAGACUUUUAUGAUGUGAAGCAUGGAAUUUUAUGUGUUGUACUGCCAAUUGCUGAAGGACUUAAACAUAUUAUGAUCAGAUCUGGAGUGCUGUUAUGAAUCAUGAAAUGCUAGGGGUGAGAGAAACAAGGGCAAUUGAUUCAAGGGAAGAAAUGCCUUCUCUACUCCGACUGCCACAGCAGUUGUGCUGGUAUCUGAUGCCAUCGAACUGCACAACAGGUAGCUCAAAGCCUCAACAAGUGAUUCUGAACAUUGUGAUAAAAUGAGAGGAAAGAGAAAUGAUAAACUUCUCUAAAUGGCAAUUUGCAAUCAACUAGAGCAAUGUCAAUCUCUAUGAGGUGAAUGUUACCUGCGGCCCUCAUGAGAAGUUUUUAUGCUGUCACAAGAGAUAUGCGCUGAGCAUCAUUUCCUCCGAGUGUAAAAGUUUCAUUUUGGGGCUGAUCUCAUCAAAUCUGCAGAUGGUAGUGGCUGUGUGAAGCAGGGCUAAAAACCUUUUCGUAUCAUACCAGUGCUCUACUCUGCUGCUCUUUGAAGGCCAUGCUAGUGUUCACGUUCGCGAACCAAUCAGGGCUUGACAUGCUGGAGACGACGCUGGUGGGGCUCCAGGACAUCACCCUGGAGGUGUUAGACGACCAGGUGAGGAAGAACCUGUGCGCGGAGCUCCCUGGCGUCAUGGAGCAGGGGUUUGCGUGCAUCCCCGGCAGCCUGUGCGUGUACCGGCCGGUGUCAUACGAUAAGCCGCUGGCGUGGCGUGGAAGGUGCUCGUUGACGAUAGCUGCGUGCACUACAUCUGCUUCAUGUUUGUCAACUGGUCGUCUGGUCCUUCAUUUGGUCGAUAUAGGUCGCUUCAAGAGAGGUCGCACGCGUUAGAUUACACAUUGUGGGGGUGCAAAAUGUUUUUGGCUUAUUGUUCGAAAAAAAAAACUGUUUUUGGUUUUAACAAAGAAGAAUGUAAAGUGGUCGAAGAAUCUAAAUAGUGUUUUAGAUACUGAAUUUUUCACGAA